GGGUGGGGUGGGUGGGUUGGGUGGGGUGGGGUGGGGUGGGGAGGGGUGGGGUGGGUGGGGGUGGGGUGGGGUGGGGAGGGGUGGGAGGUGGGGUGGGGUGGGGUGGGGUGGGUGGGGUGGGGAGGGGUGGGGUGGGUGUGGGGUGGGGUGGGGUGGGGUGGGUGGGGUGGGGUGGGGUUGGGGUGGGGUGGUGUGGGGUGGGUGGGUGGGGUGGGGUGGGGUGGGGAGGGGUGGGGUGGGGUGGGGUGGGGUGGGGUGGGGUGGGGUGGGGUGGGGUGGGGUGGGGUGGGGUGGGGUGGGUGGGGUGGGUGGGGUGGGGUGGGUAGGGGUGGGGUGGGGUGGGUGGGGUGGGGUGGGGUGGGGUGGGGUGGGUGGGGUGGGGUGGGGUGGGGUGGGGUGGGUGGGGUGGGGUGGGGUGGGGUGGGGUGGGGUGGGGAGGGGUGGGGUGGGUGGGGAGGGGUGGGGAGGGUGAGGGUGGGGUGGGGUGGGGUGGGGUGGGGUGGGGUGGGGUGGGGUGGGGUGGGGUGGGGUGGGGAGGGGUGGGGUG